AUGUCCAAAGGCCUCAUUCUGAUAACUGGUGCCUCUGGAUUCAUCGGCUCCCACGUCCUCGACCGCGUUCUGAAAGCCGGAUACAAUGUCCGACUUACUAUUCGUAAGGAGGCGCAAAUCCAUGAGCUGAAGCAGCUCUUUCCUGCUCACACCCAACAAAUGGACUUCGCAGUGGUUCCAGAUAUCACGGCCUUAGACGCAUUCGGCAAGGCAAUGGAUGGAGUUGAUUACAUCUUUCACCUUGCCUCACCGAUGCCAAUGAAAGGCGAAGACCUUCAGCGAGACUAUGUCGAUCCUGCUGUCAAAGGAACGGACGCCAUACUAAAAGCGGCCCUCGAAACUCCCAGUGUCAAGAGAGUCACGAUAAUGGCAUCGAUCCUUUCGAUAAUGCCAAUGGGUGGCAUGGCGAUGCAGGAUCUUGUCAUCAAAGAGAACUCCAACGAGCCAAACCCUGUCGAUCUCAACAUGGAGUUCCCCAGUGGACUGGAUGGCCAUGGAUUGAAGUAUCAAGCAUCCAAGAUUCUCGCCCACCAAGCCACGCUGCAAUUCAUUCAGCAACAGAAGCCACAUUUCACGCUGACCACACUUCAUCCUACCUUCGUUCUCGGCCCCAGUCUCGUUCAAAAGUCGGCUGAAGAAUUGAGUGGUGUGAACAUGAUGUUCAUGCGCAGCCUUAUGUUCAAGAAGCCCCUAUUCCCUGUCGCGAUCGUCGAUGUUCGUGAUGUUGCUGAUGUAAUGUUCGCCACAAUCGACGCAAAACUCGAGAGAAACGGAGAAGAAUGCAUCAUAUCAGGGAAGGAAACUAGCUGGGAUGACAUCGUGGCUUUCAUGGGAAGAAAGUAUCCCAAAGCCUCCAACAGUCUUGAGCCUCCGUUCGAACGAGCUUUCAAAGCAAAUGCGGAGAAAGCGGAGAAACUUCUAGGAGCAAAAUGGAAGCCAAUGGAGGAGAUGAUUGGCAGUGUUUUGGAUCAACAACUCGCAUUCGAGAAAGCGAGCAAAGUUUGA